AAUCUAAUCUGAAACUGAAAGUACAUCUCUCCCCCAAAUAAAAAGGCCAGACUACACUGCCUUCUCAGGCACUUCUAUCAAAGACAGACCAGGACCGAAUCACCAAGGAUCUCCAGGAAAUCAGUUAGUUUUGAACUUGGAGAUGACUUCUCUUCUAGCCACAGCAGUUCGCUUUUUGAUCUUAACUCAAUGGCUAACACAACAGGUGACCGGCCGGGUACGACCAACUAAUUCAUGUGAGCUAGGGAUGGCUGAAAAUGCGUUUGAUGAUCAGUAUGUGGGCUGUACUGAAGAAAUGGAGGCAAAAGCACCCCAGCUGUUAGAAGAAGAACUUAAAGUGAAUAGAAAUUUAAGAGCAGAAUGGGAAGAAGCAAAGACAGAAUGGGAGAAAAUAAAGAAUAAAGCAGACUCUUCAAAACGACUCAAUGAUUCCCAUGGAAUAGCUCUAGUCGCCUAUACUGGAAAUAUUGCAAUAGAAUUUAACAAAGCUGUCAGAAACUUCCGACAAAAUACACAUAAGUUUCAGUUCAAAGCCUUCCAUUAUUAUUUGACAAGAGCUCUUCAGCUUCUCAUGACAGGGGAGUGUUAUACAGUUUAUAGAGGCUGUAAGACAAAGUUUGAUUACAGUGGGAAAGGAAAUGUACGUUUUGGCCAAUUUACCUCUUCAUCUCUCUUUGAAGAUAAAGCUAGAGAGUUUAUUACAGGACAUGAGGGAACACUAUUUACUAUCAGAACCUGCUUGGGUGUUUAUAUUGAAAGGUUCUCUUACUAUACAUCAGAAAAGGAAGUGCUAAUUCCAGGCUACGAAGUGUAUCAGGAAGUCAUCCAAAAUAACAAUGACAUUUCACUUGACAGGCCCCAAAAAUUUAAGAGUAACUACAAUUGCUUCUAUAUCAACAGCUCAGGAACAAAAGAAAGUUCUGCAUUCAUUCUGCUGCUGCCUGGCCUCCUGGUCCUGAGGCUCCUCCCUGCUGAGCUGUAACCUUGCCCUGCCUGGUGCCUGGUUCUGCAUGGGGUAUUGGGAAGGGAGGGACGCAGGGUCCGUGUGUGGCUUAUGUUAGUGCUCACAUCCCCCGAGACAUCUAAGGGAUCUUCUGGGUCUGACCGCAAAAGUAUGCUUCCUGUCUGCAAAUGCACUUACUACCUGAGAUAAGUCCCUAGUCCAGGGGUUCUCAACCUGUGGGUAGCAACCUCUUUGGCAGUCGAACAACCCUUUCACAGGGGUCUCCUAAGACCAUUCUGCAUAUCAGAUAUUUACAUUAUGAUUCAUAAUAGUAGCAACAUUAUAGUUAUGAAGUAGCAACAAAAAUAAUUUUAUGAUUGGCUCACACAUGAGGAACUGUAUUUAAAGGGCCAGAAGGUUGACAGCCACUGCCCUAGUCUCUCAACACUUCGCUGUGAUUAAAAAGCAAUGCUUUUACACACUGUCAGCAGUAACCGUCUUUAAAAUGCAAUUUAAUCUUGAUGAAUGUUAUAAUCUAAAGCAAUAAACCACUGAUAAUCACACCUUGCUUCUCU